AUGUUUCAGCAAGUGGGCCAACUAAAGGAAGAAAUAAAGGGAAAAGAUGCAGGGUUGCUGAAGCAGCAUUUCGAACAUAGAAGAAUAACAUCAGAAAAUGAAAAGCUGAAGGAUGACCUGGGCAAGGCUGAGAAGAAACUUGGCUCUCUUGAGCAGAUCAUUGCACGUGAAAUUAAGAAGCUUGAAGAGACAAUGCAAGAGGCCACGGCUGAGAAGGCCAACCAGGCAAAGGAGUUCUCAGCGGUAUGGUAA